AAGUUUGAACAGUUGUCUCACUGCAGAGUCUCACUCAUUUCCUCGUUACACUCCAUCACAGCAGAUAUGGAUUCAAAUGUCUUGUUUGUGUGUGUUUUGUGUGUGGUCGUGUUCCCUGCCAUAUGGGCCGAAUACUGCAGCAGCUACAAGGACAAGUAUGGUGUCUCUCAUGGGGCACAGCAGUGUAGCAUGGCAUACUGCUGUGGAGACUGCACUUACAAAUUCUGCUGCAGGGACCAGUCACAACGCCUAAGUCAAAGCCAACAGGAACGCUGUUCCACAAGGCCCGGUGGCGAUAAAACCAACCGCACAGGUGUACUUUUGGGAAGUAUACUUGGGUCUGUUUUUCCCAUCAUCCUCUGUGUGGGCCUCAUCAUCUGCUGUGUGGCCCCCUGCUGCUUGUGCUACAAGAAAUGUCGCAAAGGGGGCAGCCGAGGGCAUUCAAUUGUCCAACCACCCAUGCAUCCACAAUCUCCAUCUGGAUAUCAGCCAGGCUACCCAGGCUAUCACCCGGGGCCAGGAUAUGGAGGCAUGCCAAUGCCCCCAGCACCACCAUACAUGGCGAAUAACGGUCCAGGUUAUCCUGCUCCGUUCAAUCCAGGAAUGCCGAUGUAUCCGCUCCAUCCUGCUGGCCAGGUUUAUGCAGAACCGCCACAAUCAGAAGAGCAUGUGCAGCCACCUUACAACCCCUCGUAUGAGCCAAACUCCUAAACGGCAUCGUUAACUUGACUUCUUAUUAGAUUGAACUCUAUGUUUUAAGCCACAGAUCAAAAUUCUUGUGGAAAUAUGAAAUGCAUGUGGAUUGCAUUGUGUUGAUAUUCUGGGAAGUUUUCAAGAUGUCACAUUAGAGCUGUAUAAACCUUGGGAAAUCUUUUAUGGAUGAACUGUUCUGAGUCAUAACUUCAUUAAUGACUAGUUGUUUAGUGCAUCCAAUUUACAAAUUGCAACACUUGUAAAGAGAAAUUACACUGUUGAGUGUUGAAAAAAAGUUUCAAGGACCAUUAAAAUUCAAAAAACAA